AUGCCCACCAUCCCCGUCUUCCUCUGGAUCCUAACCACCCUCCUCCAAAUAGGAUGGGCCCGCUUCCCAAACACGCUUUGCUCCACCAUAGGCGGCCAUUACUGCACCCACGGCUCCCUCCAAAGUCCAACAAUAGUAUCCUGCCCCUCACCCACCAGAGUCGAGCUCCGCUCCUGCAAUAUCGAGCACGCAUCCUCCGACCCACUGCUCGCUAACGACCAUACUAACCCCUCCAAAUUAUCCCAUAUCCUUCCCCAAGGCUACGAAACAUGGGCUCUAUCCGGCGACGCUAUCUGUGCCUUCAACGGAACGGGAUAUAUCUGGCGAAGAGUUACCGUCCCGGUUCCUGAGACGGUUAUUUGUAACAACAUAUCAGAAAGCCUUGGUUUGGUUGAUGAAGUCCUUGACGAAGGCAUGGGUUUGGGAUCUGGUUCCAUUCAUGAGAUCACUUCCAGUCCUAGACCUAGUCGUAGUACGAGUUUGAGCCUGAGCCAUUCGGUUGCGCAUUCGAGCUCGCUGCGGAGAUCGGGUACAAUGUCUCCCAUGCCGACUGUUGCGCCUGUCAUUGAGAUUGGUGAGACGUGCGGCCGGUUGGACGAAGGCUUUGUCAUGGCGGUGGGAUUUUGCGGACGUUUCAUAGUACUAUAG